AUGAUCGGGUACCUGAAGUGUGACACGGACGACGGCUGCGAGGCCAAGGAGGAGACGGGGGGCGAGGAGCUCUUCGACGCGGUGAACUCCUCCAUCGUCUCGGGGGACAGCAUCCGCUUCUUCGUCAAUGUCAACUUGGAGGUGCCACCGAACGCCACCGCUGAAAAUGAAAGUGCUGGCUGUGUGUUACUGCACACAUCAAGGAAGUACCUGAAAUUAAAGAAUUUUGAGGAGGAAGUCAGAGCCCACCGGGACCUGGAUGGGUUCUUGGCCAGAGCCAGUAUUAUCCUUGAUGAAACAGCCACCUCCUUGGAUGAUGUUCUUCGAGAGAUGCUGAAACACUUCGCUGAAGAUCCUCAGAACAUUGAGCCAAGCUGCAACUUUGAAAAAAUCAUGAGCACUUUAUUCACGGAUUCAGGGACCCCACGCGAAGGGAAUGGCACCCAUGAUGUUUCAGAGUCAACAGGAAUGAAUAUACAAACGUGUACAUCGCACCUCAAAUUUCACCUCUUAUCAGAUACGAUUCAAGGGGUCACAGCGACAGUCACAGGGGUGCAGUAUCAGCAGUCCUGGCUCUGUAUCAUUUGCACUAUAAAGUCCCUUCAGCGACGUCAUGUUUGCAUCAGCCGCCUGGAGAGGCCUCAAAAUUGGGGUGAAAACUCCUGCGAAGUGAGAUUUGUGAUAUUAGUCCUGGCUCCUCCUAAAAUGAAAAGUACCAAAACUGCCACAGAAGUGGGCAGGACCUUUGCCACCAUGUUUUCGGACAUAACCUUUCGGCAGAAACUCCUAGAAACCAAAACCGAAGAGGAGUUCAAAGAAGCUUUAGUCCACCAACGCUUCUUGUUGACAGAGGUGAAUCAGAAACCCUCAGCGAUGAGCAAUGGGCAUAAGUUGCACGGUCCUAAGCCACUGAAGCUGCAUGAAUUUCUCAAUGUUGGCAAGGGGAUUUCUGAUGACAUUGCACGAAGAUUUCCAGUGUACGCUUUGGACUUCACUGACGGUGUUAUUGGAAACAACAAAGCUAUAGGAAAAUACAUCACGACUAUGAUCUUUCUCUACUUUGCCUGCCUCCUUCCAUCCAUUGCAUUUGGGUCACUCAAUGAUGAAAAUACCCGAGGAGCUAUUGAUGUGCAGAAGACAAUCGUCGGCCAGGGUAUUGGAGGGCUGCUUUACGCGCUCUUUUCGGGACAACCUCUGGUUGUACUCCUAACUACGGCUCCUUUAGCACUCUACAUUAAUGUCAUCCGAGGAAUCUGUGAUGACUACAACUUGGAUUUCAGUGCUUUCUAUGCCUGGAUUGGACUGUGGAACAGCUUUUUCCUUGUGAUGUACUCCCUCUUUAAUUUCAGUCUUCUGAUGAAGCUCUUUAAAAGGUCAACAGAAGAAAUAAUUGCACUUUUUAUAUCCAUCACGUUUGUACUUGAUGCCUUCAAAGGCAUUAUUAAAGUUUUUAAGAAAUAUUACUACCAUGGGCGCACAGGAGACAGUUACUUGGAAAAAGCACGAACUGAUGCUAUUCCAAGCCUCGGCAUCAAUACCACCUUCUUGAUGAAUUCAUCAGUGAGCAGAUCCAUAUCCCUAGAGAAUCAAACAGGCACGCAUGAUGUGCAUUAUGGACGUGAAACUGCCGUCCUUAGUCUCAUGUUGAUGUUGGGUACCCUUUGGCUUGGUCAUACGCUCUAUCAGUUUAAGAAAAGCCCAUAUUUGCAUGCAAGAGUACGUGAAAUUCUGUCUGAUUGUGCCUUACCGAUUUCAGUUCUGACUUUCUCUGUUGUGGGUUCCUAUAUCUUCAAGGAUAUCGAAAUGUCCAAAUUUAACUACAACCCAUCUGCGAGCUUGUUCGUGCUGGCCCCGGUCCAGUCCCUCUCCAUCGGGUCAGUGAUGAGUGCCAUGGGGCUGGGUUUCCUCCUGUCGAUGCUCUUCUUCAUAGAGCAGAACAUUGUGGCCUCGCUCACAAACGCACCAGAGAACAGGUUGGUGAAGGGAACAGCUUACCACUGGGACCUCCUGCUCGUUGCACUGAUUAACACAGGGUUAUCAGUCUUCGGCCUCCCGUGGAUCCAUGCUGCCUUCCCUCACUCCCCAAUGCACGUCCGCGCCCUGGCCUACGUGGAGGAGAGGGUUGAAAAUGGACACAUCUAUGAGACGAUUGUGAGCGUGAAGGAGACACGGUUGACAAGUCUAGUGGCAAACUUCUUGGUUGGCCUCUCGCUUCUUCUCCUCCCAUUCCCUCUCCAGUGGAUCCCAAAGCCAGUCCUCUACGGGCUCUUCCUCUACAUCGCACUGACCUCCAUUGAUGGGAACCAGCUCUUUGAAAGAGUGGCUCUCCUGCUCAAAGAACAGACUGCUUAUCCUCCAACGCAUUACAUCCGCAGAGUGCCCCAGAGGAAGAUCCACUAUUUCACAGGCUUGCAGGUCCUGCAGCUCCUCAUCCUCUGUGGUUUCGGCAUGUCACCGUUGCCCUACAUGAAGAUGAUCUUCCCGCUCAUCAUGAUAGGGAUGAUCCCUAUCAGGUAUAACCUGCUCCCGAGGAUCAUCGAAGCCAAGUACUUGGAUGCUAUGGAUGCAGAGCAUUAAUUGAGGUCCUCCACCCAGAGCAGCGAGGACAGCUCUUUCGAAGUUGGAAGGCGGCUUUGCCGAGGCGUAGAACAAUCUAUCUGCAGUUCUUUCUUUCACCACUUUAUUUCUGCUCUAAUAUGGCAUUGGUAAUGCACACAUAUCAAAGACCAAUUGAGCGUUGAAGUGUCAGACCAAAACAGCCUUGGACUUGGGAAGGCCAAUGUUCUUUGGAGCUGUGAGGCGAGCAAGCUUGAUGGAAAUGCUACUUUCCACAUCCCAAAACUGGAAACCCCAAAGAUCAGCAUGUCCCUAUGGUUGGAGCAUGCGUUUUCUGAGUUGUCGUGUGUU